CAUUUAAAAACCACAACAAUCUUGGUAACAAUUCCAGCAAUUGCAUUUUUUGUAUUCCCUUUAUUAAACAUCUCCCUAACAUGGAAACAGGAUACCAGGCCUUGGUAUCAGCCUGUCUAUACCCACACACCAAAAUGUGACCCAGAUUUGCAUGCUGUUAAAACAGAGGGAGGCACACGCUGUGGCUUAUAAUAACAUAUUUACAUCUUCUCACACAGAUGAAACCGCCUGACACGGCACUAAAGAAAAAAAAAAAAAAUUCUGCGGAGGCAAUGGAGUUUGUGUUGCCACUAAACAGGGCUAUUAGAGCUCAAUAAUGCCCCACUUUAGCCAAAAUGAAUCCCAAUCUGUUUUGCUUGCUACAAAAAUAAACUGACUUGUUUUCCAUUAGCUUUCGGAGAGCUAGAAAAUUAGGAUCUCGAAAGAGAAUGAGCUGCAUGUAGGGAAAAAGUAAGAUGAUAGGAGCCACUAAUCUAUAACAAACAAAAAUAGGAUGAGUACUCAAAUAGUUGAUACCAAUAAAUCUUUUUUUUUUUUUUUUUUUUUUCUCUGGGGGGGAAAAAAGUGGCAAUAAUGAGUACAGUAACUACCUGAGAGUCUUGAGAACAUAAUCAUAAACAGAAAGCAUUGUCUGAGAUGGAAGAAUUUAUAACACACUGAUUCAACAGAUUUCAACAUUUUUAUUUGUUGGCUACAGUGUACUUGUUUCCACAAAAGUUGAAGUAAAUAAAUGUUAACAAUUGAGAGAGCACUUGUAGGUAUACAAAUCUGCAGAGGCAUGUGCUUUCAGCCACGUGACAGAUAACCUGCUUGAGGAGGUGUGGCUAAUAACUCUUCAGGUAGUGCGUUCCUUGGGUUACACAGCCAGAUAUUGACUGCUCACUUCUCUCUUCUACGUUACGAAGACCACCAUCAAAUAAGGCUGUUUAUGUGAGUGCUUCCAUUUUUUUAAACUUAGUCUUGCAAGAAUUGCUCAGUUUUAAGGGCAUCACUGCAUAAGGACACACCUGAUGUUACAGAUGAAGUGCAAAGGAACUGAUAUUUCUGGUUGGGGAAUUUAAGGUCUACAUUAUGACUGGUAUUUUUUCACCAGAAUAUAUUCAGCAAGCUAAGCCCAUUUGUUACUCCUGACAAAGAACCAAGCGAACCAAAACUGUGACAGUCAGACUAUCGUGAUUUCCAAACUGUGGUACCAUUGGGAUUCAUUCUUACUACAGUCAUGCCUGUGGUUAAAGUGGAGAGUGAUUCUCCCUCUGAAACCACUCUUCCAGUGAAUGACAGUCAGAGAGCAGAGCCGCAAAGAGGGCGCCGGAGGAAGAGGCCCCUUCAGCGAGGCAAACCACCAUACAGCUACAUCGCUCUGAUCUCGAUGGCCAUUGCCAACUCGCCUGACCGCAAACUCACUCUGGGAGGGAUCUACAAGUUCAUCACAGAGAGGUUUCCUUUCUAUCGAGACAACUCCAAGAAAUGGCAGAAUUCCAUCCGCCAUAACCUGACACUCAACGACUGUUUUAUCAAGAUCCCCCGAGAGCCAGGUAGACCUGGAAAAGGCAACUAUUGGGCACUGGAUCCAAAUGCUGAAGACAUGUUUGAGAGCGGAAGCUUUCUAAGACGCCGAAAGCGAUUUAAACGCAGCGACUUCACUACAUAUUCAUCGUAUGUCCAUGAGUCUCCCGUCUUCUCACCAGUCCAGAUUGCACGCUCAGCCUACGCCAACUCGGUCUACUCCAACAUGGCUGUGAGCCCGCCAUACGCACAACAGCUGCCUUCCGCCUACUACCAGUCCUCCACACCAAGCUUUGGCGCAGGUCAGUCGAGGGUCUUCAGAAUCAACUCUCUCAUUGGGUCGCCUAGCAGAAUGGGCCAAAGCGCAGAGAUGAUGCCUCAGCAGUCUUGCCGCAGUUUCAGUCCUGAGAGUGGCUCCUGCAGUUUGGGUGGACCAGGUUUCCAGCAUCAGUCCUGCAACGGGGAGACAGUGCUGUCGUGCUGUUCUAGCUCUUCAAACAACAUGGCAUUUGCCUACUCCAGCCCGGGACAUGGACAAACUCAGGUAUCAUAUCCACAAGGCAGCACCCAGGCAUACGGGCCAACAGGGAGGGUGGCCAUCUCCAGUUUGUCUCCCAUUGCUGGUGAUGCUGUCGGAGACCCGUAUGGUAGAACCUCCCCUGCACAGCUGGGCUCUUUUGUUCAGUACAAUAACUCUGGUCCAGUAGGAAGCUCAGGAGCCUAUAUCAGGCAUCCAGCUUACUCAGGUAAUAUGGACAGGUUUGUGUCUGCCACCUAACAAAGAUUGGGGAUCUUUUCCCAUAGUGAGAACCGCUGGCACAAAGGAACAUUUGGAGAGACCAUUUUAGUGAACAUGAAAAACAUUGUGAAAAACAACUGUGAUAUUUAAAAUAAUGUUGUUGUUGUUUUAUUGUGAUUCCCUCAAUAGUCAAUUGAAAUGUCAAUGAUCUCAAUUUACACAUGUACAGACCUUUCCUAUUACAACACUGUAAAAAAGCACAAAGUGCUCAAGUUAAAAACAGAUGUUUACAAAGGUCAAACUUUUUUUUAAAGCAAGGUGUUUUUUAAUUAUUUGAGUGAAAUGUGUUCAUAUGCUUUGUAUAUGCCUUUCUUAUAAUUGCCAUCUGUGGUAAAAGUAUAAAAGCUUCCAUUUAUUAUUCAUUGAAUUAAGUUACUCAAGUCAGUGAUAUAAAAAUGUUUCUACAAGA